GGGUGUUGCCCGGUUGCCAUGGGAGCGGCGGUUUGUUGCCGGUGAUUUCCUGCCCCGGAGGAGGAGAGCGACUGCUGUUCUUUCCCUCUGGUGGCUUCGUGUGUCAAGCCAUAAUGUCAAGGCAUAAUACAUCUACAUCGAAAAUAUCGCCAAUAAUUAUAAAUGCGAGGCGGUCUGAAUCAAAAGAUGUUCAAGAGAUUAUGAAAAUGAUGGACACAACAACAAAAAACAUAUUUGGAAACAUUAAUGUUAUCCAUUUGCUUGAGAAGGCAAAUCUAGCAGUUACCAUAGAGAAUGAGAAGAAGGAAGUUCUGGCUCAGGCUACCUUCUUAGAUUAUCCAAAUGUAAAAGGGGUGGACCAAAGUCAGUGGGAAACCUGGAUCCGAAGAUACAGUCAAUCUGGAAAGUGUACGGCAAUGAACACACUUUUCCUGCACCUGUUUGUGACAAAUUCACAUUACCCAAUUGGUUGCAUCAAAGAAAUUAUCAGGACAGUCUUUAAUGUGGUCCGAGAACUGCACCACAUAAUUCUUAAUACUGGAAAGAAUGUCUUUCCAGACCCUUCUUUAUCUUACAUCUUCGCUCCGAUGGCACUAUAUAAGAGUGAACCAGGUAUCGUUGAUCAUGCAUCUUACAUGUGUUAUCGACAGGAUCAUGUUCCAGUACUAUAUAUCCGUAAGGCCAGGAUAGAGGAUCAUGAUGAACUCAACUCAAUAUUCAUCAAGCAUAGUGACACACUGCGACUUACCUAUGGUGAUUUCUUCCUGGCAGAGCUAAUAGAAGCUCAAGAUGACCAUAAUCAUGCUGCUGUCUGUGAGGUAAAAAGCUCUGCAGUUGGGUUUGUAAGUGUGUGCAGUGAUGUGAAUGUGAACCUUCUAGUUCAGUGCUUCGAUUUGCGCCCAUUUCAUAAUUUCGCCAAAGUCCCACGUAAGGUUGAGUCAGUGGCAAGUCUGGAACCAGAUGCCAUAUCAGGUAAAGAAUCAACUGAGCAAAGUACGUCACUUGAAUUCAGCAAGGAGCAUUUAUCCAAACAGAGUAUGCCAGAUAUUGAAGGCCAAGUGACCGAAGAGAGUACAGAAACCAUCACGCAGAGCGUCAUUACUACAGAGGUUGCACAACCUCCAAAUGUUUUCUGCAUACAACUAUUCUGUAUUAAUGAUGAGUACGAAUCAAGGUCUCAAGACUUCUUGCCCUACAUUUUUGAUCUUUAUCCGGAUAGAGACUAUUGCGUAAUCACUGUACCUCACGUGGUACCAGAAUUCCCUCUGUUGAAGGAGUUUGUCCGAAUUACACCCUACAGCAACACCACAUUGCCUCACGAGCUCUACAUCGCUCACCGCAAUAGCUUGCUAAAAUGUUUUCUGGUACGGUCAGCAUUAUCCACUGAUGUUCAAGGUGUUGAGAACCUUGUUCGCCCCCUUCAUCUUCAUGAGAACAUUAUAGAUAACUUAAAACAUUAUAUUAAUGCUCGUAGAGAUUUUGAUGGAAUACCAAUUCAGGCCUUUGUAGCAGUUGUUUUGGAUGAGAUUGUAGGGGUAGCCAUUGUCAGGAACGAAGAGGACAUUGAAUAUAUCCGUUCACAUUAUAAUAUUGAAGACUUCAUCUACUUCAAUCAUCACAAACGGGAAGAACACGGCCAUCUCUAUCACUUUGCUGUGAACCCGAUAUUCAACCAUUUCAGCAGACAUUUCCUGAAAGAGAUCCUCAGGCUGUCCCACAAGUCAUGCCUCUACUAUCCCAUACAUAUGGCAUCCUCACUUAAAAAGUCACAGAGUCCCCAUGCUCAUUCCCUGACUUCUGCUCUUUAUUACCUGAUUCCUGUGCGUCCAAGAAGGCAAAUCAUUUAUCCAUUGAAACAACUUGGUAUUAACGUCCCAUCAAAGCGAAUCUAUCAGAAUAAGAUAAAGUAUGCUCUAAACCAUAUAAAUAGAAAGUUGACUCUGGAGCCUAAAGUAACCAUCAAUUGUCGAAUUGUUGUAGUUGGUGCUUCAGAGGUUGGGAUCUCCUUCCUAGAAACAAUGGUUCUCAGUCCACACCUGCGGUUUAAUAAUAUUACUUUGAUCUCAACCCAUGGGAUUAUGGGACCCAGUUCCCGAAUGGCCAGAUAUAGAAAAUUCCUUUCCACAAGCUACAGCUAUGACUAUGAAGACCUUGCACUGAUGGCAUUACAGACUUGGGUUAAUGUGGUGGUCGGCAAGAUGAUUGGUAUAGAUAGGGCUGCUAAACACGUACUAGUCACAGGUGACAGAAAAGUGUCAUAUGAGCAUUUAGUCAUUUGUAUUGGACAUCAGUAUCAGACUCCUUGUCCUACAGGAGCAGACAUUACACUGAUGCCGACUAACAAUGACGUGACUGUUAAUCCUGACCAGCGCUACAAAUGGAAAGUGCCCUCAAACCUUCUCAUCAUGAACAAUGAGAUCGACUGCCAGAAUGCUCUAGCUUGGAUUAAAAAAAAUGAGCUGACAUCUAAAGGAAAUAUUAUUGUGUAUGGGAACUCAAUUGAUACAUAUUGCACAGUCGAAACACUCUUGACUAUUGGAGUCAGUGGUUUCAACAUACACCUGGUACAACCACCACUAAAGUCCAACAUCACUUGUUUUAACAACUUGGAGAUCGAAAGUGCAAUAAAAGCAGCACUACAGAAGGCCAAUGUUUCAGUGUAUCCCAACAGCAUACUUGCUAAAUGGAAUGAUGGGAAACCCAUCUCUAUCAUAACUUCUGCAUCUUUCACCACUGAUACUAAACCAUUUACUCUUCCUUGUUCGGUUUUCUUUAGCUUCUACCCAAAGCAAGAGGAUUAUGAUGCAUUCCUAGCUGUCAAUAAUGCAUGGCUUGUCUACGAUGGAAAACUAGUAAUCGAUACGACUUUUCAUACCAAUGAUGCAACAAUCAGGGCUGCUGGGCCUUUUACCAAGUUUUCCCGGCGCUACUAUUUCGACCAAUGGUCUCAUGCCAACUUUAAUUCAAAACAAGUUGGGUUUCAGCUGGCAUCAAUCAUGCUACAUCUGUUUGAUCCCACUUUGAAGGAGCUGGUUGAACCACCAAAAGAACUAGAUCAACUCGUUCCGAUGUACACUGGAAGCAAAUCCGUAGGAGGCUGUCUUCCAGGAGGUUACUAUUACCUUCAUAUUGCUAAACCAGGUCUCAACAACAUAAUUUUGGAAGAACAAAGAGCACUACCUUCCUACGGGAUUGAUUUAAUCACAGGAAAGGCGAUGGAUGGCACUUAUUUCCGAGUCAAAUUGAGCCAGUACAACAUGGUGGAUUCUAUCACUUGUCUAUCACUGAAGCCUUUACCAGUCUCCAACUAUAUGUGUUUAUAUCAGCAACAUGAACGUGUCUUGAAUAAUUUACAUUCUCGUUUCAAUGAAGGCUUGAUACUUGAUUUCCACAGCUAUUUUAAUGAAUCUUGGUGCCUGCCGAUUUACCACGAUCGUUUCUUCGAGUUCAAAGAAGAAGUCCGAAAGAUUGUGCAAGCCAAUAAAACAGAUGAUGAAUCUAUCGAUGAAAUGAUCCGUCUGAUGACUGAAAAUGAGCUGCCCACGAAAACUCCCAAACUAUUCCUAGAACAACAAUUCCAAGAAAAGGGUUACAAUAAGCUGAUAGAAAGAGGCGUCCUGAACUUUCUGCACUACAACAACUACCAUCUCCCCAUGUUUGCAUGGCCUGGCAUUUGCUAGUCAACAUGACAACUUGUACCAUACGAAUUAACGUGGUCCAAAUAGCCACUAAAACUAAAAGUGUUGUUAAAGCAUGAUGCAAGUUGCUGCAGUGACUGCACACGUCCACACGGUGGUGCCCUGUAGAAGUUCUGCUUAACAUCUUCACAAUAUUUUGCUCUUUUGGGACCUCGUUUCCCUCUUUACUUGACUGUAGCUUUUGAUAAUAUGGAUAAAACAAAGAGUGAUUGGUUUGUGUU